AUGGACGGGAUCGUCCGGGCCGUCUGCCACAUUAGUUCUAAUCUACGCCCACCGGCAGAUGCCGAAAUCCGUCGGGUCUCGCCUGCGAAAUCGAAGUUUCUGACAUGCUCGAUCCACAGCUUCUCACACCUUAUCUUCCUCGUUUCAUCGUCCAACCGCUGGGCCAACGAAGAAGCAAGCAGUCAGGGCAAGACAGUUCCGAGAGUGCUUUCUGCUGGGAUCUGGUGCAACUACACAGGCCUGCCUGAAAGUAUUCUGACUCUGGGGCUGACGCGAGUGCCCCGGCGUCGGGAGGGUCCUACCGCGCGAAGCAUGGACAAUGUCCCACUCGUGUCGGGAAAAUGGGAAAUCAUAAAGCGUCGUACGUACUGCUACUGCUACUUCAUCGAUACUGAGACUUUGUACAUGUCCAUGUCAUCAUCUUCCCUGACAGACGGGGACAAGUCCGCGUCGGGGCGCAAGACGCGGUCGGAGGAGCCGUCGCCAGUUUUGAGUGCGAGUGCCCCCCUGCCAACACAAAGGCAAUGCCCAGGUCAGAAUUCUACACCUGCCAGACCUGACAAGUCCUGCGGUACGCGGCAUUCUUCAUCUCGUUACUUCCCGAGGAUGCACAUUCGGGAUGGUGGAUGGUGGAUGGCGGAUGGCGGAUGUACUUGGGGACUCCAUGGGGUCGCGCCCCCACUCGCCCAGAGGCAAACCCCCAAUCUCACCGUUGCAUGUCAUCUGCAGGCCCGUCAGCCGGAUGCGAGUGACAGCGCCCCCCCCAGGCGGGACCAUACCCAAGCCAUUCGCCAACUCCGACAGGCGGCCAUCCCGUACGUUGGUUUACUAGAGCGGAAGGGGAAAGACCGUUGGAGAGAAGCCGGGUUAGAUUGCGAAAAGCUAGAGCUAGGCGACCUAAGUCGAAAAUCCCCCCGACCACAACAAGACCACGCGUGCCCAACGGGUGUACCCGUGUACAUUGUACACCGCGGGGCCACCUCACACCGACAUUCGCGGAUCGCUCGUGGCGGGACGAACGGUGCAGGGGACAGGGUGAAGGUGCCGAGGGGUGGCGCGCGCAGGGCUUGGAUAUCACAGAUAGCGCAGCGCGCGGGAUCGGGGGAAAUGACGAGGCGAUAUCGGGACGAAAAAGAAUAG